CACAGAUGAGUUCACCAUCAGUACACGUCCUCUCUCAGAUUGACUUCCCGUCUAUCCAUUAGCUAACACACUAUUGUUUUCCGACGCCUAUUUACACCCACAACAACUCAGCCGCGAAGCGAUUCCUCGCUUUCCCCUUUUCAUUGUGUGCGAACAUACGACGCAGUUAGUAACCGGGUCGACCACAGAAAGCCCCGCGCACGGAAGACAGUCAGGGAGACCGCCGCAUCAGCUGUGGCAUGUCAUGUUAGAGGAAUCCAUCUCUCACCUCCCUCACAGAAGUGGGUGAUGGAGAACAUCACGGUCAACGGUGUCGCGGUCAUUUCCUCAUGAAGACUCUUUUGCCUCUCAAAUCUUAUGUCAAGUCAUCAAGUUUGUCACCAAAGAAAUCUCCACACCCACCAGCCUCCUGGGAUGAGGAACUUUUCUUGCAGUAUGACUGGAGUGACAUUUGGACUACUGUAGCAUUCAUAUGCAGUGGAAUCCUUCCAGUAGUCAUGGGGAUGCUGGCGUGAACGCUCCGCUCCACUGGUCGCAGGUGAAGACAGGUCGGUGUCCGUGUUCGAACGGAUGUCUACUGAGAGCAGCAGCUGGUUCGGCCCGGCUCAGACGGUGUAAAAAAAAAAAACCCCCCGCGGAGGUUCCCGUCUGUCCCCCGUUCGCGACUUCAUCCGUCGGCAGCAUCCGACGCGGUCAUGUGGAUCGCGGUGGCGCUCGUCCUGGCGGCGGCGGCGGCGGCGCCCGGCGGCGGCUGCUGGGGCUGUCAGCUGCCGCACGACUGGAGGCCGCAGACGGAAGCGUGUCGCGCCGAGCUGGCGGAGAUCAUCGUCUUCGCCAAGGUGCUGGCGCUGCACAGGGAGUCGCACAGCGUGUACAACUACCUGCCGUGGCAGCACGACACCGACCUGCUCUUCUCCGCCGAGAUCGAGCUGCUGUGCGACCAGGCGUGGGGCAGCAUGCUGGAGGUCCCCGCCGGCUCCCGGUUCAAUGUCACCGGCCUGGGCUACUUCCCCUGCUUCUCCUACAGCGUCACCAGGGACAACAACUACUACUUCUUUCUGAGGAUGGAUGAGAACUACAAUAUUGUCCCUCAUGGAGUGAACUUCCAGGACCCCAUCUUCCCUGACACUGCAGAUAACCAUCGCAUGUUUGCCAGCCUCUUCCAGUUUGCCAACUGCACGCCUGGCACCCAGGUCCACAGCUUCACCCCGGAGUGGGAGGCUCAGGAGGACAGCAGGUUGCUGUGCUCCACGGUGCAGAAGGCUCUGUUCGAGGAGGAAGAGAGGGUGAGGACUCUCUCCCAGAAGGUGCGCACCUUGGAGAAAGCCAACGGCCACCUGCGGGAAAAGGUGAAGACCAUGAAACGCCUGCUGCGCCAGGCCCAACGGGAAACCACGAAGGAGCAACAGACCCUCAGCCUCAAACAGCUGUACGAGUCGAAGACGCCCCAGACUCACCCGGAUCAGGACACCGCCCAGGACCAGAAGAACCCCCCGCACAAAAAGGCUCUCGCCAAGAAGCUGAAAAACUAGGCUUCUUUUUCUUCUUCUGUUGUUGUAUAUAAACCAACUUUCGCUCUCUAUGAAGCAUCAGCGACAUAGCACACUGAGAGGCUAUUGGUUGAAAAGCUGGGGGGGGGGGGGGGGGGGUGACAGCAACAGCCACAAGUAGUUGAUCGAAUGAAAGGGACAUGGUUGACUUUAAUUGUAAUUUCAUUAUAUUCUCCAUGUCUCCAAUCUAUUUAAUAUGCGUAUUUAAAAAAUAACAAAUUUCACGAAACCUCAUCUGAUCAGCCAGUUGGUAAAAUUGACCUGUGCCAUCAGCUACUUAGAGGCUUUUCAAGGUUGUGCUUUCACCCAGUUGGUCCAAUGUGAUCAUUCUUUCUGGAGUGGACUUGUUGCUGUUACCCGUCCAAACCCUCAAGUCUUACCUUUGGCCAUCAGUUUCAUUUAGUGGCAGCACAACCGUUUCCCAAUCACACAGAGGCCAUAGUUCAAAGCUGGCGGACGCACCAGUGGAACAAUAUGUGGACGAGGUGAAAGCAUCUCAAAUUGAAGAUCUUUUUUUGAUAAAUAGUUUUUUUUCUUCUGUGCUGGACACGUUAUGCAUUGUAUACAUGUUAAAUGUAAUUGAAUUUCUUAUUCCAGAAAUAUUAUCGCUAAGAUGCUCCACGUCUAUGUGGAGGAAUUUGUCUAAUCUUCUAAGCAGAGCAACACAAACUGCAGAUACUCAUUUACAGUUUGUACUCUGAGGAACAUAAGCCAUAACCAGACUGGGGAUCAAAAAUGAAGCAGACACAAAUAACCACUUCUUAAUUGCAUUUGGUGUAAUAAAGUGUGCAAGUUGUGAGCAUUCAAAAUAGUAUGUGUGGAAAAACACAAAAGGGUAAAGAGGAGCAAAUGUGUCAAAGUUCAAAACACUGCAAGACCUGAUGUUUGCAUCAUUCUACUUCUGCCUGGUUUUCAUUUACUCCUUUGAUAUAUUUAUACCCUAAGGAACUAGUGAGUCUUUAAAUUCAGUGAAUUGUUAACCAAGAGUGCAUUUCCCCCCAAGUUCUCCUACAUACACAAAUCCAUUCAUACAAGUUGUACUGAGUGAAAGUGUAAUUUCUGUUUGAAGACAGGGUGCUGAGCACCCUUUGGGUCCAGCCAGUGAGCCUGGCGCGGUACAGGCUUUUUUUCUGUGUCAGAAAUAAGAGGUUGCUUCAUUUAUACUUUCUGUAUUUGCUUUUGAUAUUAUUUUUUGCUUCCUCUAAACUAUAAACAUCUGGUUUGCUUUACCAAUAGCAUGAUCAUUUGUGUAACAGCAUUUCUUUUUUUUAAUAAAUGAACUUUUACA